UUAUUUUUGGGACGUGAUAAUAAAUGUUAGUAUAAUGUGAGCCGACUUAUAAUUUGGAUUGGGUUUUGUACAAUCAAAUAUUUUAAUCAACGAUAUGUACAUCUUUGUAUUUAUUCUUCCGCUUAAAAUCGUAGUUGCGUUUACGACACUGCGCAUGCGCAGAGUCUGGCAGCGGCACGGUGGGAAAAUUCAGUCUGUUUGUGUGAAGAUUCUUUACCCUUAAAGAUGUUUUUCAGAAUCGGUUUGUGACUUAACGGCUGGUGGAAGUGAAAUACCCGACUUCUCAGUUCGUCCUGUGCCUUGACUCCCUUUCAGGCAGCAUGAAGAUUGCUGUGGAGGGCUGCUGCCAUGGAGAGCUGGACAAGAUCUAUGAGACGAUUGACUAUCUGGAGAAGAAGGAAGGCGUGAAGGUAGACCUGCUCCUCUGCUGCGGAGAUUUCCAGGCAGUGAGGAAUGAGGGAGACAUGAAAUGCAUGGCUGUUCCUCCAAAGUACAGAUCCAUGCAGUCGUUUUACAAGUACUACUCUGGAGAGAAGAAGGCUCCCAUUCUGACAGUCUUCAUUGGAGGAAAUCAUGAGGCUUCCAACCACCUGCAAGAGCUUGCGUAUGGAGGCUGGGUGGCACCAAACAUUUAUUAUUUAGGUUAUGCUGGUGUCAUUCGCUUCAGAGGGAUUCGAAUCGGCGGAAUAUCAGGAAUCUUCAAGUCACGCGACUACAGACAAGGUCACCAUGAAUUCCCUCCGUACAAUCCUGAUACUCUCCGAAGUGUUUAUCACAUCCGAAACAUUGAGGUGUUCAAAUUAAAACAGAUCCAGAUGCCUAUAGACAUUUUCAUGAGCCAUGAUUGGCCUCGUGGAAUCUACCACUACGGAAACACAAGAGAACUGCUGCGUAAGAAAAAGUUUUUGCGCCAGGAAGUGGAGUCCAACCUUCUGGGAAGUCCUGCAGCUGAAGAGCUGCUGGGCCACCUGCAACCAAACUACUGGUUCUCUGCUCAUCUUCACGUCAAGUUUGCUGCCGUGAUGCAGCAUCCGCCUAAAGGUAACGCUGCCCCACGAGUGACCAAGUUCCUGUCUCUGGAUAAGUGUUUGCCGUACAGGGAAUUUUUACAGAUUGUGGAUGUUCCCGAUAGAGCAGGUUCCUCCGAGGGUCUUGAAUACGAUCCCGAAUGGCUUGCUAUCCUAAAAUCCACGAACAUUUUGCAGAGGACCGACCCAUACCCCUGGAACCCACCAGAAAACAACGGCCUUCAUGAGCGGUGGAACUUCUCAGCUUCAGAGGCUGACAUGAUGCAGGUGAUGGAGGACCUGAAUGGUGAACUCGCCAUUCCAGAAAACUUCAGCCGCACAGUGAUACCCUAUGACCCAAACAACCCUCGGCCUAAAACUACAGCCAGCUUUAACACCAACCCUCAGACCACGGAGCUUUGUGCCACACUUGGACUCUCGGAUCUCUACGCAAAGGCUGGACAGAGACGACAUGAACUUGAGAAACUCCAGUCCAGCACUGGAGGAGAAGAGGAUGAGGACGAAGAUGAAAACAGCCUUGGCAGCGGAGAAGAGCCCAGUGAGUAUCCAACUGACACAUCAGGACUGUCGAAUUCGUUUAAUCCCGAUGAGAUCACAAUAGAGGACGAGUGGGAAGAAGAAGAGGAGGGGGACGAAAAGGAGAAAGACGCUGAGGUGGCGAAAGGCGGCGAUAAAAUACCUCAAGUCCACACCCCGAGCCGCAUGAUUUUACCCGACCCCAAAGCUGACAUUUCACCCAUUCAUCUUUGCUCCAUGAACCUGCCUCCUCCGUCACACUCCACCCCGACAUCCAGUCUCUGUGAAUCGGCUGCAGAUAAGGGCGAGCUCUGUGACGAUUUGGACGUGUCUCCUGCACGUUUCCUAAAACGCACCAGUCUCGAGACGGCAGUUUCCGGCAGCAGGGAAACGAUUCCCAAAAUCAAGCGCAGGAAUCAGGUGAUCUACGCAGCAGCAGACGAGGAAGACGAGGGUGAAAAUUAAAACAAGAGGCACACAGGUGAGGACUCUGUUAGUUUCUGUUGCUUUAUGAAAGGCUCGUUUAUGAAUUUACAGCCGGACUUUUCUACAGUCAACAAUACCAGCUUACUGAUGUCAACUUAGUGUGGGGUAAUUUACAAGGUUUUCAGUCUGAAUAGAAUCAGAUUUUUCUAUUUUGAAAUCAAACGAACAAUAGCAAUCUGAUAUUUCUAUUGUGUUUUACAUUAUUUUUCUUUUAAAGGAAGUUUGUUCUGGUGCUUCAUUUUAUAUGGUUGGGACUCCCAGUCAGCGUUGGUUGUGCUGCCUGCGCCCUCUGUGGUCAAAACCCUUAAGGCACAGUUGUCGACUGUGAGAAGUGACAACCUAUCAGAAUUUGAUCCAGCCAGCGUCUGCUGUACCUUAAAGAUUUUGACAACUUUGUUUUGCGCAGUUCGACAGCCACCUAAAAAUUAGUUUAUUUCCUUCACCAAAGUCCGUGAAAAAUCAGUGAACCCAUUUGAACUUAGUGACGGAGGAAGCAAUGGAAGCAGACAAACUUCAUAUGAGGUAUUUUUUUUAACAUUAUAUAAGCUGAAAUUUUGGCAAUUUUAUGUCAGAGCACGACAAAUGUUGUUGAUCCACUGCUUCUUCCACAACUAAAAUAAAUGUUUUAUUGUAUAAUCUCUGAUUUUCUCAAUGGACUUUGGUUCAAGGCAGUAAAUUAUUCUUCCGUUGUGCCCUGUAGCUUUAUUUUAUUUAAAGAAAAGACAAACAUUAUUGAUUAAAAUCAUGAAUUAAUCCUUAAGGGAAAGUAAACUUUUUGGUUAACGAGGUCUCUUACCAUUAAAAUGAAGAUGACUAAAUUUUACAUUUUAAGUUCCAUUCAUGAUUAAUCUGGACCUGUGAUUGAGAAAAAUAGGCCUUUUUGUUAUAUUACUUGUCAUGGUUACAGUGUAAAAUAUUCUCCUGGAGUCAUACAUGUAGUGUAAGAUCUGAUAACAUGGGGGGGAAAGGGUUAAAAACAAAUAUCAAAUUGAUCCUUAAAAAUACCUGAAGCAGACUGAACCAGUACAUUUUUAUUUCUACAAAAUCACAGCUGUCAGAUGUUUUUCUGUUUCAAUUCUGAUUGAUUUUUUUUUUAAAGAAAAAAAUGUAUUUUAUUAAACCGAUAAAAUUUUUAGACAACAACAGAUUUUUGUUUUGGAGUUCUGUGUUUUAUUUUUUAUUUUUUUUUAUACAUGUGUAACAUCCAAAACAAGAGCAACGAUUAAAGAGACUGUAAAGUGACAAGAAGUUGCACCCACCCUUAUCUUCGUAUUCAUGAGUAAAUUGUCAAUACCUUCCUUAUUAGCCACAGAGCCUCUCCCACAUUCAUUUACAGAUUUGCUGAACACUUUACAAUCUUUAACAUUUAAAGAACACUGAACCCAUGCGCCAUCACCGUUGACUGAUAACUGAUGAUCUUUGAAAGGGUAAGAAGCUUGAUAAAAUGUCUUUUUUUUUUUUUUUUUCAAAUUUGUAUGCCUGCUCCUCAAGUUGCUGCUUAAUCUGUUAAACUGUUUUUUUUAAACUGUCAACGAAUCCAUGGAGAAAAUUUUAGCUUAAAAAAA